GCUAUCCGGCGCUGUGAGAGCCACACACACCGGCACGCAUAUACACCAUACGACUCCACUUCUCACUGCCCGUUUCAUCUGCACAGUAACACUGCGUCUGUCCGGAUGAGUUACCCGGUAGACACUAUAGGAAGUCCCUUCCGGAGAAUAAUGGAUACGAGGACAAGCUACAGCCGCAGUAGCGGCUCACCGUCCAGUGGUUUCCGCUCCCAGACCUGGUCCCGAGCUAGUCCGAGCUCUUCUAUAGCUUACAAGAGGACCGUCAACGUCCCCGUAGCGAGAGCCUACAGCUCAGCUGUGCUUAGCACGGCCGACAGCAUUGAUUUCAGCCAAACUUCCGUUAUCAAUGGAGACUACAAGCGUACUAACGAAAAAGAGCAACUCCAGGGUCUCAAUGACCGCUUCGCCUUGUACAUUGACAAGGUGCACUUUCUGGAGCAACAGAACAAGCAAAUCGACGAGGAGAUCCAGGCACUGCGGCAGAAGCAGGUGUCGCAGUCCCAGCUGGGCGAACUGUAUGAUCAAGAACUACAGGAGCUGCGUUCCAUGUUGGAGCAGAUUCACCAUGAGAAGGCACAAAUUCAGCUCGACACAGAUCACAUUGAAGAGGAUAUUCAGCGACUUAGAGAUCGCCUCGACGAAGAGGCGCGCAUCAGGGAAGAAACAGAGGCUAUUAUCCGCGCACUGAAGAAGGACAUGGGCGAUUCGACACUAGUUAAGGCAGAGUUAGAGAAAAAGGUCCAGUCGCUACAGGACGAGAUCGCCUUCAUCCGUAACAAUCACGAGGAGGAGGUGAGCGACCUGCUGGCGCAAGUUCAGGCAUCGCAAAUCACCGUGGAGAAGAGGGACUACCAGAAAACGGACAUCACCGAGGCUCUCCGCGAGAUUCGCUCCCAGCUAGAGGGACACUCCAUCCAAAACCUUCAGCAGGUCGAAGAUUGGUUUAUGUGCCGGUAUGUCAAACUGACGGAAGCUGCAGAGCAAAACAAGGAUGCCAUUAAAUCCGCUCGGGAUGAAAUCGCAGACUACCGCCGCCAGUUACAGUCCAAAACCAUCGAGCUGGAGUCCGUGCGCGGAACCAAAGAGUCGCUGGAGAGACAGCUGAAUGACAUAGAGGACCGACACAACUCUGAUCUCGCCAGUCUUCAGGAAACUAUCCACCAGCUGGACAACGAGCUGAAAAGUACGAAAUGGGAAAUGGCACGACACCUACGCGAAUACCAGGACCUACUGAAUGUCAAAAUGGCGCUAGAUAUAGAGAUUGCCGCUUACAGGAAACUACUUGAAGGAGAGGAGAACCAUUUCAGCACUUUCCCAUACCGCCAGGUUGUCACCAAAGGGCCUAAGGUCAAAUCUGAAGCCCCCAAACUGAGGGUGCAGCACAAGUUUGUGGAAGAGAUCAUUGAGGAGACCAGGGUGGAAGAUGAAAAAUCUGAGAUGGAUGAGGCUUUGGCAGAGCUGGCAGAAGAAACUACUGCAGAAAAGCAAGAGGGUGAGGGGCAGGAUGAAGGUGAAGGUGAAGGUGAAGAGGAGAAAGAAGGAGAGGAGGCUGAGGGAGAAGAGGAGGAGGAGGAGGAAAUUGUUGCUUCAGCCCAAGCUAAAGUGAGUGUCAGUGCUCCUGCUGAGGAGGCUGAGAAAGAAGGAGGUGAUGAGGAAGAGGGGGAAGAAAAGGGUGAUGAGAAAGGAGAUGAUGAAGGAAAGGAAGAGGGGGAGAAGGGAGACGUGGCAGAGAAAACUGAGGAAGGAGAAAGAGAACAGGAAGAGGAAGUAGAAAAGACUGCUUUGAGUGCAGAGAAAGAAAAGGCUGCAGAGGAGGGACUCAGUGGAGAAGAGGUGGUAGGCGAGGAAGAGGGUGACGAGAAAGGUGAAGCCAUGGAAGAAAGUGACAAAGCAGAGAAGGAGAUAGAGAAAAAGGAUGAGGUUGAAAAAGAGGAAAAAAAGGCAAAAGAUGACAAGGAGGACACCAAGACUGAGAAAGACAAAACAUCUGAAACCAAGGCAGAGGCCCCAAAAGCAGAGUUCCUAAAAGUCCAGUUCCCAAAAGCCGAGCCUCCAAAAGCUGAGUCCCCAAAGGUCCAGUCCCCAAAAGCUGAGUCCCCAAAAGUCCAGUCCCCAAAAGCCGAGUCUCCAAAAGCUGAGUCCCCAAAGGUCCAGUCCCCAAAAGCCGAGUCUCCAAAAGCUGAGUCCCCAAAAGUCCAGUCCCCAAAAGCCGAGUCUCCAAAAGCUGAGUCCCCAAAAGUCCAGUCCCCAAAAGCCGAGUCUCCAAAAGCUGAGUCCCCAAAGGUCCAGUCCCCAAAAGCCGAAUUUCCAAAAGUUGAGGCCCUAAAAGUCCAGUCCCCAAAAGCCGAGUCCCCAAAGGCUGAGUCCCCUAAGGCUUCAUCUCCAAAGAGCGAGAGCCCGAAGGACACACUUAAGACAGAGGCCCCAAAAACAGAGGAUGUGAAGAAAGACGCCCCCAAAACUGAAGCUCCUAAGAGUGAGUCUCCAAAAAGUGAGAGCCCCAAGACAGAAACACCUAAGGCAGAGCCUCCAAAAACAGAUGCACCAAAAGCUGAAGCAGAUGAAAAUGUGAGUAAAAAGAGCGAGCUUGAAGACAAGCCUGAGGAAAAGAAGACAGAUGAGAAGGAAGCUGCCUCAGGUGAAGAUAAAGAGAAAAUUCAAGCUGAACCAAAAGAGGCAGAGAAGAAAGACAUGAUCUCUAAUGGAGUGGAUGAAAGCCCCACCAAGGAUGACCUAAGCCAGAAGGUGGUCAUCACCAAAACCGUAGAGACCAUUACUACUGGUGAGGAUGGAGCCAAACACAUCACCAAGUCUGUAACUGUCACCGAGACAGUGAAGGAGGUGGAUGAUGUGGUGCAGGAGAAGAUGGUGUCCUCCAAGAAAGUGGAGAAAGUCUCUACCCAGUCAAUGAAGCAAGUCGGAGAAGCUGAGUGAAGAAGCACUUAACCAAUAAUAACAAACCAGGAGCUGAGGAGGACAAUAGCAAUCAAAUCAAAAGUAACAUUACAAAAAAAAAAACCAUAAAGCUAGAUAAAGAUGUAUUUAAAUACGUUAACCACUCUCAAGAUUUAAAAAAAGAAAGAAUACAAACGCAUAGAGAGAAGCCAUAAGAUGCGGCAAGCUAAAAUUUAAAAUGCAUGUUGAGUUACAGCUUUAAAUUGGUUUUGCUGCAGAUGAGGUAGGGGUUUUAGGGGCUCAGAUCUCUUUCCUACUGUCUGCAUAGCUGGGCGGGCCAUUGGGGGCGGGGCAUCUGCAAAGCUGGGCGGGCCACUGGGGACGGGAUGUCUGCAUGCCAGCUCAGGGUGGAGCACCCUCCCCAUUCCUUGGGGUAGAAAAACAAUCUGUAUGUAUGAAAGUAAUAUAGCGAUUUGCACAGCAUAAGAGUGAAUGCCGAGAGAGUGACCGAAAUGUAUGAGAAGUCAAAUAAUGCUGAAGAAAUGUGUUCCAACAAAGUAGCCUUACUAAUACAAACGCAAGGACACCAACUGAGCCAAAUAAAACAAACAACUAAAUACAGUUAUGAACAAGGA